GACCAGAUUCCACAUGUGGUCACAGACUGAACUGGUGACUGAUCCGUCCCUGGACAGACAUGGAUGUGAACUUUAACUGGACUGGUGUGCCCUCAUUGCGUCCUGUAAUUGACUCACCCUGAACGUCACAGAGCACCGUGCAGUUUGGCACAGCUGUGAUCACUGAGCAGUCUGCAGCCGUGACUUUCUCUGCUUACUCAUAUUUGCAAACAGGCUCAAAGUCUGAGGACUGAAGUAGGACAGAAGUCAGCUGGACCAAAUCCACAGUGGACUGAGAACCAAGAGGGGGGAGGAGGAGGAGGAGGAGGAGGAAGGAGCUGCGUGAGGCUUUCAGACUGCAGAGAGAAGAGAUCAGAGGACUAAUUUCCUUCCUGCCUGCGCACUCUUUAAACACACACGCAGACGCACACACACACACACACACACACACUUGUCUCUCCGUCCUCGUCAGCCCUGCAGUCUGUUGUUGCUGUCUGCUUCAGACAGACGCAGGCUGGCCGACCGGCUGCUCUCUCUCCGCCUGCUAAGCGAUGCUCUCUCACCCCGGCAGGUUAAUCCGCCCCCAGAGGCUCCUCUCUCUCUUUUCCUCGUCAAGUCCGGAGUCUUACGACUGCCGUUUGCCGGCUACCGUCUGCCUCCCCUGCUCGUAACUGACAGGAGGACGACGACCUCGUGCGUCUCAGCAUCUGGUCACCUCCAGCAGCUCCUCUGCAGCCUCCCUGUUUGUGUCUGUGAGGAAGAGAAGGAGGAGGGGGGGACACAAGGUGGAGUGAAGUGCCCCCCUCCCAUCGUCUGCUCUCCAGCCAGCACCACCUCCGCCACCCUGCAGCCUGCAGCAGGAGCGAGAGGAGGCGCAGCGAAGGCGACACACCACCUCCACAGCAGCAACAAGCAGCAUGCUCAACUCUGUGUGGUACGCCAAAAAGAUGGGCCGCCGCAUCAUGGGCACCCUGAGGAGAACCAAGCGGCUCCACCGGCGCCUACUGCAGGCCGAGGCCACCCCGCCCUCCUCUCCCAUAAUCCCUGUGAUCCCAGUCUCGCCAAUCGCAGCCGAGACCGCCGUCAUCCCUCCGACGUCACAGGCCAACCCUCCCCCCAUGGUGGUCAACACAGACAGCCUGGACACGCCUCCAUACGUGAACGGGACGGAGGCUGAUUAUGAAUACGAGGAGAUCACGCUGGAGAGGGGUAACUCUGGACUGGGUUUCAGCAUCGCCGGCGGCACAGACAACCCCCACAUCGGUGAAGACCCGAGCAUCUUCAUCACCAAAGUCAUACCUGGAGGGGCCGCGGCACAGGACGGACGGCUCAGGGUCAACGACGUCAUCCUGAGAGUCAACGAGGUGGACGUUCGGGAUGUGACCCACAGCCGGGCGGUGGAGGCUCUGAAGGAGGCCGGCUCGCUGGUCCGACUCUACGUCCGCCGCAGGAAGCCCGUCUCUGAGAAAGUGAUGGAGAUCAAGCUGGUGAAAGGACCCAAAGGUCUGGGCUUCAGUAUAGCCGGCGGCGUGGGGAACCAGCACAUCCCGGGAGACAACAGCAUCUACGUGACCAAGAUCAUCGAAGGAGGAGCCGCACAUAAAGACGGGAGGCUGCAGAUCGGAGACAAGCUGCUGGCUGUGAACAGUGUUUGCCUGGAGGAGGUGAGCCACGAACACGCCGUCACUGCCUUGAAAAACACUCCUGACGUGGUCUACUUGAAAGUGGCUAAACCCAACAGUGUCUUCAUGAACGACAGCUUUGCUCCGCCCGACCUCACCAACUCCUACUCCCAGCACAUGGAGAACCAUAUCAGCCCCCCCAGCUUCCUGGGCCAGCCAGUCCCCCCACCAGCAUCCUCAGGACGCUACUCCCCGACCCCGAAGAGCAUGCUGGGAGACGACGAUGUUACCCGCAGGGAGCCCAGGAAGGUGGUGCUGCACAGAGGAGCGACAGGACUGGGCUUCAACAUCGUGGGCGGGGAGGACGGCGAGGGGAUCUUCAUCUCGUUCAUCCUCGCUGGAGGACCUGCUGACCUCUGUGGAGAGCUGAGGAAAGGAGACCGACUCGUCUCUGUGAACGGCGUGGACCUCCGUAACGCUACCCACGAACAGGCCGCCGCCGCCCUGAAGAACGCCGGUCAGACGGUGACCAUCAUCGCCCACUACAGACCAGAGGAGUACAGUCGGUUUGAGGCCAAGAUCCACGACCUGAGGGAGCAGAUGAUGAACAGCAGCAUCAGUUCUGGAUCUGGAUCUCUGAGGACGAGUCAGAAGAGGUCGCUGUACGUCAGAGCUCUGUUUGACUACGAUAAGACCAGAGACUCCGGUCUGCCCAGUCAGGGACUGAACUUUAAGUUCGGAGACAUCCUUCACGUGGUGAACGCCUCCGACGACGAGUGGUGGCAGGCCAGACAGCUGACAUCACAGGGGGAGGUGGAGGAGGUGGGGGUGAUCCCCAGCAAGAGACGGGUGGAGAAGAAGGAGCGGGCGAGAUUAAAGACAGUGAAGUUUAACGCCAAAUCUCGUGACCGAGGGCAGUCUCUCAAUGACAAGCGUAAAAAGAACCUCUUUUCCCGAAAGUUUCCGUUCUACAAGAGCAAAGAGGCGAGCGAGCAGGAGACCAGCGAUGUCGACCAACAUGUGACCUCUAAUGCCAGCGAUAGUGAGAGUAGUUACCGUGGGCAGGAGGAGUACGUCCUGUCGUAUGAGCCCGUCGUCCAGCAGGAAGUGAACUACACCCGUCCCGUCAUCAUCCUCGGCCCCAUGAAGGAUCGCAUCAACGACGACCUCAUCUCCGAGUUCCCUGACAAGUUUGGAUCCUGCGUCCCGCAUACGACCAGGCCGAAGCGAGACUACGAGGUGGACGGCAGGGACUACCACUUUGUGGUGUCCAGAGAGCAGAUGGAGAAGGACAUCCAGGACCACAGGUUCAUCGAGGCGGGACAGUACAACAACCACCUGUACGGAACCAGCGUCCAGUCGGUCCGAGAGGUGGCCGAGAAGGGUAAACACUGUAUCCUGGACGUGUCGGGGAACGCCAUCAAGAGGCUCCAGCUGGCCCAGCUUCACCCCAUCGCCAUCUUCAUCAAACCCAAAUCUGUGGAGAACAUCAUGGAGAUGAACAAACGUCUGACGGAGGAGCAGGGCAGGAAAACCUUCGACAGAGCCACCAAGCUGGAGCAGGAGUUCACUGAGCACUUCACAGCCAUCGUGCAGGGCGACACUCUGGAGGAGAUCUACGAGCAGGUGAAGCAGAUCAUCGAGGAGCAGUCGGGUCCCUUCAUUUGGGUCCAGUCCAAGGAGAAGUUAUGAGGAUCAGCACGGGCUUCUCUCUUCACACCGAGUUUGUUUUAUUUUGGAAUGAGAACCUGCGGACGGCAGCCUCGCCCCUCCCCCCUCCUCGCCCCUCCCCCCCUCCUCACCCCUCUUCCUCCCUCCUCCCUCCUCACCUCCCUGCUCUGCCUGAAUAAGACUCCACUGGUGGGUUUCCUCACCAGCAGAGCAAAGCACACAGGAAGUAUGAUGACAUCACACUCAACACGGUACAGCUCCUUAAUGUUUAAGGCGGGAGAAGAAGAAGAAGAAGACGAGAAGAGACGAAUCAGAUUUUCAGAUUUUAUCAUUUUGUUUGUGGGUCCCCCCUCUUGUCUUGUAAGGUGAACGCUGACGGCAGGUGGGGUUUCAGUCUCAGGCGGCGUCUGUCGAUGUGGAGGAAGGCGGAGACACAUAAAGCAAAACUUUGCACGUUUGAGCUUUAACAGCAUGUCAUUUAACUCCCCGUUUAUUUCCCAUCAGCCCCUUCACCCCUUUCUGGCGUCUCAGCUUUUCGUCCACUGCUCUCAUCGUUUCAUCUUUCUUUUCCCUCCACUCGAGUCGAUUGACUUUUCUUUUUGUUUUGCUCCUUGCUGCUGCAGGACGUUUGUCAGGACGCUCUGCAGGGUUCCUGCUCUGCCGCUGGGGGGCGCCGUGGAGCUUCAUCCAGAGAAUGGAUCAACAAGAUCUGCUCGUUGGUUUAAUUCACCUUCUAAAACAUUUCACCGAUUCUGAUUUUAUUGCCUUUUGGAUGACGAGGCGUCUCUACGUGAUCGUCUCAGGUCGUUUGUGUCCGUCAGAAACCGUCCAGGCGGACAGCGAAGACGUCUCCCCGUCAGGACGAAACCCUCCUGAUCACAAGAACACGAUGAAUGAAAGAACAAUCUCAUGAGUUGUAGAGAACGACGAGAUUGUUUCUCAUUUUAAAUUGUAAGAAGUUGUUUGACAGACAGCAGUCUGGUACUGAUGAUUAUGAUCUCAGCAGAAUCAUAAUUAAACUAAAACACUUACACAGUCAUGCUUCCUGUCUGCUCGCCAGCCGUUUCC